CACCGCUGUCGCGGCAGCCAAUCACGUGUGGCAAACAGAGCUCGGGCUCAACAGCUUGUUGUUCGUGUGUCGCUUUGCCAGCCGAGCGGAGGAAGCAGCCGCGGCCGCGAAUUGAUUCACACUGUUUCGAGCUGGACUCCCUCAAAUAACCGGAGAGAUGAAGGCAGCAGACGAGCCUGCCUACCUGACAGUCGGGACGGACGUCAGCGCCAAGUACAGAGGAGCCUUCUGCGAGGCUAAGAUCAAGACGGUGAAACGCAUGGUGAAGGUCAAGGUAACUCUGAAAGGUGAGAGUACAUCCCAGGUGGUGCAGGACGACCAGGUGAAAGGACCUCUGAGGGUGGGCUCCACCGUGGAGGUGAAGACUAACGAGGGUCUGUCGAGCGAGGCUAUCAUCAGUAAGCUGACGGACGCCAGCCUCUACACCGUGGUGUUUGAUGAUGGCGAUGAGAAGACACUCCGUCGGACGUCACUGUGUCUGAAAGGAGAGAGACACUUUGCAGAGAGCGAGACUCUGGACCAGCUGCCGCUGACCAACCCCGAACACUUCGGCACGCCGGUCAUCGGCAAAAAGUCGAACCGCGGCGGGCGGCGUUCGUCUCAGGCUGUGGCCGAUGAGGAGAAUGAGUCUUCGUCCAGUGAGGAUGAGGAGGAGGACAGGAGGCGCCUGAACGAUGAGUUGUUGGGGAAGGUGUGCAGCAUCGAGGACGGGGAGGAGCCCAGCAGCUGGUACCUGGCUCUGGUGGUGUCUCCGAGCUGUAACGAUGAGCUGCAGGUGAAGAAGGAUCAAUGUCUUGUCCGAAACUUCAGCGACGCCAAGUUCUACACGGUGGCGAGGAGACACGUCCACACCGUCGGCUCCCUCAGCUCCACUAAGUCAGAGUUCUUCAACAGGAGAGGUUUUGAAGCAGCCCAGGUGUUUUUGAGGAGCAGGGAGGUUCCAGAUGUUUGGAAAAUGGACAUGAGUCAGAUUCUGGACUCGUCAUCCAGUGAUGAAGACGAGGAUGAUGAAGAGGAGAAGGAAAGCGAUGAGGAUGAGGAGGAUGAGGAGAAGAAGAAGAAGAAACACAUCAAGGAGGAGCCUGAAGAGGAGCUGGAUCCAGAGGAGAGGGACCUUUUCCUGCAGCAGCUCUACAAGUUCAUGGAGGACCGAGGCACUCCGAUCAACAAGCCUCCGGUUCUGGGUUAUAAGGACCUGAACCUGUUCAAGCUCUUCAGACUGGUCUAUCAGCUGGGGGGCUGCCACAAGAUCGAGUCUGGGACCAUUUGGAAGCAGGUCUACAUGGAUCUGGGGAUCCCCGUCCUGAACUCUGCUGCAUCCUACAACGUCAAGACGGCCUACAGGAAGUACCUGUGCGGAUUUGAGGAGUACUGCCGCUCCGCCUCCAUCACCUUCAGGACCAUCCACCACAACAACCCCCGCCCUCCCACCGCUCUGGCCAAUCAGAAGCCAGUGGGGGCGGAGCUUAAAGAGCCCUCCAUGCCUCCUGUGAAGGCGGAGCCUGUUGAUGACAAGCUGGAGGAGGUGGAGUCAGAGAGUGACAGCGAGAAGGGGGAGGUGAAGGAGAGACAUUCGUCCCCAAGGGGGAGGAGGAGGUGUGUAGGGAGUCAGAUGAAGGCAGAGAGAGAGUCACCCUCCAGACCAGAGAAGAGAGGAGGAGGAGGAGGCCCGGAGGAGCAGAGAGAGAUGAGGAGACGCAGCAACAGAAGGAUGGACGACUCAGAGAAAGGCUCUGAGGAAGAGGAGGACGACGACGAUGAAGACGAGGAGGAGGCAGAGAGGAGGCGAGGAGAGCGGACUGAGGGUGAGGAGGACGAGGACUCUCUGACGGGGACGAAGGUUCGGGUGAAGUACGGUCGAGGAAAGACUCAGAAGAUCUACGAGGCUCACAUCAAGAAGACGGACAUGGACAAUGGAGAACAGUUCUACCUGGUCCACUACUACGGCUGGAACGUCAGGUACGAUGAGUGGGUGAAGGCUGACCGGAUCAUCUGGCCCGUGGAGAAAGGAACCAAGAAGAGACAGAGGAAGAAGGUGAAGAACAAAGACGAGUCUGAGCGAGACAAAGACGAGGAGAAAACGCCGUCCACGGUGAAACCUGCCGGAGCGAAGCGUGGCCGUCCUCAGAUCAGAACCACGCCCACCGGCCUGGCUGGACGCAGUGUCUCCAAGACGCCGAGCAACGAGGGCCGGUCCAACGGCAAGAGGAUGGAGACACCAUGCAACAUGUCCAACGGAGACAACACACCUCGCAGGAGGACAAGGAGGACGUCGGGCAUGUACGACUCGGACCGAGCGUCCAACGAGGAGUCUGGAAACUCGUCAGAGGACAGCGAAUCAGAAGACCCGCCGGACAAAAAGCCGUCGCCAUGGCGAGGGAGGAGUGAAGCCCCACCCUGCCAGGAGGAGGAGGAAGAGGAGGAGGAGGAGGAAGAGGAGGAAGAGGAGGAGGAGGAGGUGGUGAAGGAGAAGGAGCCGAGUGAGGUUGCUCAUGUCUCGACAACCGCUGCCGACAACACCGUUGACACAGAAACAACGGGUCAGCUGCCCACCGCCACUGCACCACCGUGUCCCAGCAUGCCUCAGGAGACGGCUGACAAACUCCUGAGCCAAUCAGAGAAGAAGGAGGCGGGGCAGGGGGAGGAGCCUGCAGUAGAAGCCGCCAUGUUGCCCAUUUACCUAGACAAGGAGAAUAAGACGUCGUCUGUCCAGGAGAAGAACAAGACGUGUCCUGGACAGGAAGUGAUCACCAAGACGUCCCCCAGCAGGAUGUCACCUCUGCCCGCCUCGACCACCGACAGACACAAGACGUCUCCUGAGAAGCAGCCUCACGUGUCUCUGCCUCCGCCCGCCCCCACAGAUGAGGAGGACAGCAGCUCCACCCCUCUGUCCUCGCCCAAGGUCAAAGGUCGCAGGGCGAACGUCAGGGAGACAGGCUCUGAAACUCCUCCCAGAAUCCCCCUCUGCACACCCGCCGCCAGCCCCUCCCACGUCUCUGCUCUGUCAUCUCCUCCUCGUAGCGUCCUGAAGAGACAGGACGAGCCCAUGGUGCUCCUGCGCUGCCUCCGUCCGGAGUCCCUUGCCGCUGACUCGGACACAGACUCCGCCACUGAGGAGGAGGCAGAGCCAGAGGAGGAGGCGGCGGCAGGGCCUGAUGAGAGGAGCAAUGCCGCGCUCAAACGGAAGGUGUCCGAGCAGCGAGUGGUGGACAAGAAGCUCCGCCCAGACCGGAGGCAGGAGGAGGCCACGCCUCCUAAAACCCCGCCCAAGAUGGCUGCUGGAGCUUCACCCAAAGCCCUCUCCUCUCCUCUGAGGCGGGCGGAGUCAGAGAGGAGGAGCGAGCCAACGAAGGCAGGGGAAUGGCCCCGCCUAGCCGAGGAGACGCCGAGGGAGGUGUUGGAGGAGCGUCUGUCAGGCGCAGAGGAGAGGGCUUUGACACCUCCCCCCGUCGUGGAGGCGCAGGGCCCCGCCCCCUGCGAGGACCUGGAGCCGCAGAUCGGCCCUGAGGCGCUCGUCUGCCACGAGGUGGACCUGGACGACCCCGAUGAGAAGGAGAAGCCGUCCCCCUCCCCAUCGCCGGAGCACCUCCUCCUGAUGAUGAGGGAGCCACAACAAGCCCCGCCCCCUCUGCCUCCCCUCGUCCACGCCCCCCCCCACCUCCCCCAGACUCAGGUCAGGCCCUUCCUGCCAACCGCCACUCCCAGCUCCGCCCCCCGCCCCGAGGAGGUCCACCCAGCCCAGAGCGCCACCGAGGAGGAGAGAGGAGCAGCGAGGGCGGAGCAGGAAGGAGACUCCAGCCCUGGGUGUGACGGCAGUGCCUCCUCCUCCACCUCCCUGCUGUCCCUGCAGGAGACCAAGGACCGAGGUCAGAAGAGAGUUCUGGACUGUAACCUGAGCCCGACAGCAAAGAAACAGAAACGGAACCAGAAACGACCGAACACACCUGGAAAGAACGGAGCAGGUCACAGCAGUGACAGUGAGGAUCAGUCUCAGAAGUCUCAGAAGUCUCGUUGUCCGUCUCUGUCGUCUCCGCACAGCAAAGACAAACACAACUUCUCUCCUCAGAGGACGUACAAGUGGACCUUCCAGCUCGAUGAGUUGGACAGCAUGUCGAGCACAGAGAGGAUCUCCUUCCUGCAGGAGAAGCUUCAGGAGAUCAGGAAGUACUACAUGACGCUGAAGUCUGAGGUCGCGUCCAUCGACCGGCGCCGGAAGAGACUAAAGAAGAAGGAGCGGGAAGUGUCCAACACGACGGCGUCAACCUCGUCGGGCUCCUCGGACACCGGGAUGAGCCCGUCCUCGGCCUCGCCCACUCAGAACACCGUCGCCGUGGAGUGCAGGUGAUGACACGCCCACCUUGAGCUCCACCCGUCCUGUAGCCACAGACUCCGCCCACACGGUCUGUGAGGGCAUGAUGGGAAAAAAUGAACUCCUUCCAGGUCAGAACGUCGGCGCCGACUGACACAGUGGCUGAUGGGAGGGGGGCACUACCACCUGGCCUUAGCCCCGCCCACUCACCUAUGGACUGACUUCCUGUCUGAGGAGACAAACUUUUAGCCGUCUGUUAGCCGCCACAGAGCACUUCCUUAUUUCCUCAUUUCAAAAUAAUGUGUCACCGGGUCGAACAGGAAGUAGCUUCCUGACGAAGCACAGCUCGUUAUGCAAAUUUUCUUUUUUCCUCAAAUUUUUUAAGAAAACAGAAAAAACGUUUGACUUCCUGUUUUUAUACGAAAUCAGAGCUUUUAUUUUGGUAGGAUCGAAAAGUCUGAAGGAGACAAAACUUUAUUUUGAAAUUCAUUAAAAUUAAUUCAGUUAACAAACGUGUGUGUGUGUGCGCGCGCGUGUGUGUGUGAGACGUUAAUUAAAAAACGCUGAGUCAUGACGAGUUUCAUUAAAUCAGAUUAAAUGAUUAAUUUGUUUUCUUCUUCUUCUGUGGUGUGUGUGUGUGUGUGUGUGUGUGGGGACCUCCCCUGGAGGACUGUGCUGCUUCCUGUCUCUUCUUCUGUGGUGUGCGGCGUGCAGACGGCUGUUUGUUUUUGUACAUAAAGUCCACGAGUCGUUUUCCAUGUAAAGAUGAUUUAUAAUAUUUUUUAAGAGACGCUGUUUGUACGUUAUUCUGACGUUAUUCUGACGUUGUUCUGACGUUGUUACGUUUUUUUAUGUGGUUGUUUUGCUGCGGCGGUUUGAGACUGUAAACACAGAAACUGACCAGACGCCAUGUUGGACUGUCAGCUCUCUGUUUCUAAUAAAGUUUUUAAAUAUGA